GAGGUGGAGAGUGCACGUUCCUUGCCCGCGCUGUGCUCGGCAUUCUGCACGCGUCCUCACUGCACGGCGGCUGCAGUAUCCACUUCAGUUCUCGCCGUGUGUCGCCCUCGCAGUAUUGCCAAAAUGUCGCUUUCUAACAAGCUGACUCUGGACAAACUGGACGUGAAGGGGAAACGGGUCGUGAUGAGGGUGGACUUCAAUGUUCCUAUGAAGAACAACCAGAUAACAAACAACCAGAGGAUCAAGGCUGCUGUCCCAAGCAUCAAAUUCUGCUUGGACAAUGGAGCCAAGUCAGUUGUCCUUAUGAGCCACCUGGGCCGGCCUGAUGGUGUCCCCAUGCCAGACAAGUACUCCUUAGAGCCAGUUGCUGUCGAACUCAAGUCCCUGCUGGGCAAGGAUGUUCUGUUCUUGAAGGACUGUGUGGGCCCAGAAGUAGAGAAAGCCUGUGCCAGCCCAGCAGCAGGGUCUGUCAUCCUGCUGGAGAACCUCCGCUUUCAUGUAGAGGAAGAAGGGAAGGGAAAAGAUGCUUCUGGGAACAAGAUUAAAGCUGAGCCAGCCAAAAUAGAAGCUUUCCGAGCUUCACUUUCCAAACUAGGAGAUGUCUAUGUCAAUGAUGCUUUCGGCACUGCACAUCGAGCACACAGCUCCAUGGUGGGAGUCAAUCUGCCACAGAAAGCUGGUGGAUUUUUGAUGAAGAAAGAGCUGAACUACUUUGCCAAGGCCUUGGAAAGCCCAGAGCGACCCUUUCUGGCCAUCUUGGGCGGAGCUAAAGUUGCAGACAAGAUCCAGCUGAUCAAUAAUAUGUUGGACAAAGUCAAUGAGAUGAUUAUUGGUGGAGGAAUGGCUUUUACCUUCCUCAAGGUGCUCAACAACAUGGAGAUUGGUACUUCUCUGUUUGAUGAGGAGGGGGCCAAGAUUGUCAAAGAUCUUAUGGCGAAAGCUGAGAAAAAUGGUGUAAAGAUUACCUUGCCUGUUGACUUUGUCACUGCUGACAAGUUUGAUGAAAAUGCCAAGACUGGCCAAGCCACUGUGGCUUCUGGAAUACCUGCUGGCUGGAUGGGCUUGGACUGUGGUCCUGAGAGUAGCAAGAAGUACGCGGAGGCUGUUGGUCGGGCUAAGCAGAUUGUAUGGAAUGGACCUGUGGGGGUAUUUGAAUGGGAAGCUUUUGCCCGGGGAACCAAAGCUCUCAUGGAUGAGGUGGUAAAAGCUACCUCUCGGGGCUGCAUCACCAUCAUAGGUGGUGGAGAUACUGCCACAUGCUGUGCCAAAUGGAACACAGAGGAUAAAGUCAGCCAUGUGAGCACUGGGGGUGGUGCCAGUUUAGAGCUGCUGGAAGGUAAAGUCCUUCCUGGGGUGGAUGCUCUCAGCAGUGUUUAGUACUUUCCUGCCUCUUGGUUCCUGUGCACAGCUCCUCAGUCAACUUAGUGUUUGCAGCAACUCCAUUUGGCGUUUGCUUAAAUCUUUCCCUAACAUCAAGAUUCCACUAGUGGUCAAGAGAUGCAGCCCCAGCUUUGCAGCACAGCUUUGCAGCUCCUCUUGCACCUGGGAUUUGCCAACAUUCUUCCAGAUCCCACUUUAAUGUCUCAGUGACUAAACCAUUGUGCAUUCUAGAAUGUAUUGAUAUUUUGCUCUUAAAAAGAAAGUGAGCUGUAUUACCUUAGUGUGUUUUGAUGUAGCGUAUUUUGAUUAGCUUUGUCACUGUUCCCUACUUAGCACUGAAUCAGUAAGAUGAAAUUCCACCUGUGGGGAAAAAUUGAUCAUCUAUUAAAGAAAUAAUAAAAGUGUCCAUUGCAACUGA